AUGGACCCAUCACCGCAGGCGGGCUCCAGCAGUGUCACCGUUGAAUAUACCGAUCCAUCGGGAUUAUUCCCGCUUGUGCAGCCCGUCAUCGCAGACAAGCUACCGCUGAAGAACCUCCACUGGAAAUCACCCACGCGUCCUGUUCGAUCCAUCGAGUCGCUUCGUAUUGGCUUCGUCCCUGCCCAAAAUGAGACCGACGACCGCAAAUCCUCCAGCGAUACCGCUAGAGGCAUGGUGACGCACCGGCGACAUCAAAUACCAGGUCUCCGCCAGACACCUUAUCUGAAGAUUUACCUCCUCCACUGCGAUGAUAAUGAUACCUACAAGAACACGGCAAGGAAGGCCUUGCGCGAGUGGAUCAAAUCGCACGCAUCGAUGUCGCAUUCCUCGAUUCCGACCACUAGCCAAGAGAAACACGAUGCGUUCGAAUGGCUUAUUCUACACGUGGUUCAGGAUGACGGUACGGAGAAGGCCGUUCCAGCCUCCAAAUGGGGUCGCACCACAACAACGGUCCUGGAGAAGGUUAAGGCAGACUUUAAUGGGGCUUCGAAAACAGCAGUAGAUCGUGUGGCUCAGCUGCGUUUACCCAAGGCUGGAGCUACACAAAAGGUGCCGGAGCUGGCCGAUCAGCUGGAAGACUUUGUGGAGAAGAUAAAAAAUGCGAUUCUGACAUCCUUCGAUCUCCGGGUGGCUCAAUAUGAGGAGGACAUCAAGGAGAAAGAUUCACAGCGCAGUCUGCCCGGUUGGAACUUUUGCACAUUCUUUAUAUUGAAGGAAGGGCUUGCGAGGGGUUUUGAGAAUGUCGGCUUGUUCGAAGACGCUUUGCUCGGAUACGAUGAACUUUCGGUCGGCCUGGACACAGCGAUCAACGAACAACUCGAGGGUAGUGGUGAACAGCAUGGCAGUGCUUUCCUGACAUAUAGCAAGGAUUGGCAGGACAAGGCCAAGGCGGUGCUGGAUUCGAAGGAAUCAGUCCAGCUGAAUGAGAAUGAUGACGAGCAAAUUCCAAUUCCAGACCUCGAUCCGGGCGAUUUUCCUAUCGACCCAAGCAAGAAGUCCUAUCGAGAGAUGAUCUUGUCCAGCAAUAUCUCCAUUUUUGACUUCCGUACAUAUGUCUUCUCUCGGCAAGUCAUGCUCCUCCUCAGAGCAGCGAGAGCACCGUCUUUAGUCAACAAGGAGCUGGACGCGAGCCAAAAGUCGGCCAAAACACUAAAGAAGCCGGAGGACCUACUUCUCCUUUCCGAGGUCUGCGAGAGAUCUGCAGAAUUCAUUAGUCUUGGAGCGCGAACUUUGAGAUAUGAUUUGGAGUGCGGACUCAGCGGUGUGGACAAUGCCGCCAAAACGCAAGUAAUAAACAACUUGGUGGCGUCUUGGGCCUAUUCUGCCACCUUACAGAUCUUAUCCCAGACAUACACAGCAUCACUCACUCUUCCCGAACCAUCCUUACGUUCUAUCGGCAAAGCUAUGGAUGUUGCUUCUUCUGCCGAGGCCAUUCCGAAACGUUCCAGUUCAUUGGUGUCGCCACAUACUACUCGUCCCGCCAGGUCAAACACAGAGAUUCUAACCCCAGGUAUGUUGUCUUCGAUCCCCUCCCGCUCCGGCCGUGAUGUACCUAAAUCCGCACCACCAAUAUCCCCCAAAACUGGAUCGGAGCAAUUGGCAUCCGGGCGAGGUGAGCUGUACCUAAUGGCGCGACGGGAGCUUGAGGAAAUCGCUGGUCGUUGCGGGUGGAAUGAGAAGUGGAACAAUCUUGGUCUUCUCUUUGGCGAUAAAAAUACGGUUGAAGAUGAAUUGGCUGAGGUGUCACUCGACGAGCACCCCAAAUCUGUUGAAGAGUCUCCGACCCCUAACGCUCUUCUGGGAAUCGAGCUACCUAGCUUGACUGCCGCUCUCCGGUCAAGUAAAUCGUUUCGUUCGCAUUUCGAGGAACUUACCGACCUCGUGUAUCGAAAUCAUAUCACAGCGAAUCGCACCUACACGGCUCACAUGGCCCUUGCAGACAUGGCUCUCUUGCGAUUCCGGCAGGGUAAUUAUAGCGUUGCCGCUUCGUAUUUCCACCAGAUCACACCGUUUUAUGGUAAUAAAGGCUGGAUUAUUCUAGAGGGUGUCAUGUUGGAAUUAUAUGCACGGUGUCUCCGCGAGUUGCAACGGACCGAAGAAUAUGUUCGAGUGAUCCUCCGCCUCCUUGCGAAGUUCGCCAUUCAUACCCAGUCGGGAUUGUCACCGCGGCAAAAGACGCUGGAUGCUUCGGCAAUCUUUGCGGAGAAGGCGCAGGCGUCUCAGUAUGUUGAGGAAUUAUUCGAGGCUGCUAAGACAUUACAGAAAGAGCUAUCCGCUCCUUUAUCCGAUUUCUUCGCAGAUUUCGAGGUCAACCCUGUUAUUCUACACUACGAGACUAAGGAUGGGUUCCAGAUGCAGCUGUCUCUACGGUUCCUUUUAGGCAAAAGUAUCGAUAUCGAUUCGAUCAAGAUUCGCCUCGUCAGCUCUAGCCGCGGUCAGAGCAGUGAGCAUUGGAUCGAGACAUCAGCCAAAACUACCAUCAAAUCAUCCCCAACGAAAAUUCAGGUCGACUCCUCGACAACGCUACAAGGGAGGUACUUCAUUGACCGAGUCGAGGUGCGAGCGGGCAACAUCUUAUUCACGUUCGGCGGAGGGAAGUAUUCGGCUCUCCCUGUAGGAUUCCGGGAAUCCGUGGAUAAUGAAGAGGACAACCUGCCGUACAUCUAUUGUUAUCCGCCGCCUCUAGGGCUUCAAGCUAGGAUUGGGUCACCUCACCAAAUCAAUUUGGAGGAAAUGCGAACGCUCGAGCUGGAGCUCAAUAGCGGAUGGAACGAUAUCAAGACUGGCACUAUUCGAGUAAGACCCGCCACCGCUGGCCUACGACUACGCAUUACGGAAGUCGAGGUGAUGGAAGGGGAUAUAAAUAUUGUUGUCAAUACUGAGGCCGGCAAUAUUGAGUUCACUCAUCUGGCACCAAAUUCUUUCGUUCGGAUCAGGAUACCCUACACCGUGGAGGAACACCACGCGACGUUAUCAGCCCGAGCCGAAAUUGGUUAUGAAACAGCCAACGGACGGUUCUCAUACUCUUCGACUCACAGCAUUGCGUCGGCCUUACCGAUCAGCGUCAACGUGCAGGACACCUUUAAGGACCGGGUCCUUUUCUCUAGAUUUACCAUCAGCCCAGCAAUGAUGACCCCACUCCGGAUUUUGAAAUGCAACAUUCCCAGCUCUGACGUAUACCAAGUGCAAUCGAACACGGCCGACUCGGUUGCCAUGAACGUGUUUCCCAAGCAGCCCGCCUCCCUGCUGUACAAGAUCCAACAACGGGAAGAGAACGUGAAGUCCCCGGGGUUGAGGCGGUCCCUUCGGCUGAGCGUAGACUUCACGUGUGUGGACGACGAGUGUAUAGACGCCCUUGAAAAAACAUUCCGAACCAGCAUUUCAGCCAGCGAGUUCCGGCAAUAUACCACGUUACUUACGGCGCAUAUUGUGGAGGCCUUCCGAACACGCCUAUCGCCGACGGAAAUGGAGACUGUUGGGCUGGUGCGAGAGGUGGAAACGCUGUCCUAUGAGAGUGUGCGAUGGGAGGGAUUUCUGAGUGUGCUGAAGGCGCCCAUGGAGGGAUUGAAACGGUGGCUUCAGGAAUGGCAUCAGAAUCACCCCGUCCUAAGCCUUCCCCAACAGCCAUCGAUCCCCCGUCGACACAUCGUCAUCCCCGUAGACAUUCCAGAGGUCCAAGUGGUGCACACGGCAGAGCUACGACUUACGAAUCUAUUUGACCAGCCGCCGCACGCGGCCGUGGGGCAAAUGAUCACCGCGGAGCUCAGUCUCCGCCAUACACGGCGAUGGUGCUCCCCCCAGCAUCGCGAGAAUGCGGGGGGGCCGUUAGAGUUCUCCUAUGAGAUCCACCCCAACCCGGAGCUGUGGCUGGUGGGUGGACGACGCCGGGGGAACUUCACGGCGGACGAAGGAGAGAGUAAGACAUUUGCGAUGACGCUGCUUCCACAGAAGGCUGGCCACCUGCUCCUCCCGGGGUUGGAGAUCCGUACGUUCGUACCUCCAUCGUCUACCACGUCGGCGCCACCACCAGGGGGUGCUGGGGUGGACAACACAACCCUCGUGCUGCAACGACGGCAGGUAGCCUGCGAGGUGGACUACCGCAACCACGGCGAGACGGUACUGGUGUUGCCAGAUCUGCGGGCGACGACGGUGAGUUUGAGUCUCUCGGGGGGGAAUCACGGGGGGGCAUGGUUGAUUGACUCGGAGCGACGGGAAGUCUGA